AAGCCUCAAUCUUAGGCACAGAGAAUGCGUUGUUAGAGAAAGUACAAAACUACUCCAGUUAGUAAUGAUCCUCACGUUCAUCUCAUUUCUUAGUGCACCUCACGAUCUCUCUCUCUCUCUCUCCUCGCUCCUUCCGGUCCUUCCGGAUCACCACAAGAAACCUUUUCUUCUCCACUCUUCUUCCCCCCUUUCAUCUCUCUCUCUCUCUCUCUCUCUCUCUCUCUCUCUCUCUCUCUCUUCUUUCUCUCUCCUCUUUCUCUCUCUAAUCAGCUAACCAACAACCCACAACAACAAACAUCAUCAACAUUCAAUCAAUCAAUCAAUCUCUCUCUUUUGACUUUCCAUUUCUCCUCUCUUUCAUCAUUUUUUUUGGUUCCUCUGUUAAAGGGAAUUCUGUUCUUGUUAUUUUAUUUUCUGGGUUUUUCUUUUCUUCAUCAAAUUUGUCCUGCAUUGUUUCGAAUUUGUGUUGUAAUUGGGUUAUAAUUUAAAAAUAAUAAUAAUGGGGUUUGAUGAGAAUAAGGAAAUUGGAGAGAAAAGUGGAGCAGAGAAAGAGAUUUUAAACCCAGAAAAUGAUGAAAGAGACAAACUUGGGAGGCAAAUGAGUGAGAAUUCUCUCUAUACAACUGAUCUUGAGGAAGAAGAUUAUGAGAAUAAACUUGAAUUGGGCCCACAAUUCACCAUUAAAGAGCAAUUAGAAAAAGAUAAGGAUGAUGAGAGUUUGAGGAAGUGGAAGGAACAACUCCUUGGAAGUGUUGAUUUGAAUGAAAUUGGAGAAGCCCUAGAACCAGAAGUGAAGAUCCUAAGCCUUUCUAUUCUUUCACCAGACAGACCUGACAUCUUUUUGCCAAUUCCAGAGGACGGAAAACCAAAAUCACCUUGGUUUACUUUGAAGGAAGGUAGCCGUUACAAAUUGAGAUUUACAUUCCAGGUUAACAAUAACAUUGUACUUGGGCUAAAGUACACUAACACUGUAUGGAAAACUGGCAUAAAAGUGGACAAAACUAAGGAAAUGCUUGGAACCUUUAGUCCGCAACUGGAGUCAUACACACAUGAGAUGCCAGAGGAAACUACCCCUUCUGGUUACUUUGCGCGAGGAUCAUACACUGCUAGAACAAAGUUUCUUGAUGAUGAUAACAAAUGCUACUUGGAGAUCAAUUACACAUUUGACAUUCGUAAAGAUUGGUUAACUACAUAAGAGUUGUGCAUGAUCGAGUAUUUUUUCACCAAAUUAUAUCCAACUCCUCACUCCGGAUUUAUCCUCUCAAGAUGAAUAUAGGCUCUCAAAUUUGAAAUGGCUGCGACAUUUCUUUUCUUUUCUUUUUAUUUUUUCAAACUUAUCAAUGGAAAAGAACAAAAAAGAAAAAAAAAAAAAAAAAAAAAAAAAAAAAAAAAAAAAAAAAAACUCAGAUGUUCUUGUGUAAUAGGAGUAGCUGACUUUGUUCAGUUUGCUGUUUUUCGCACUACCUUUGAUUUUUCGAGACUCAAAUCAUUUUCAGGCUAAUAGAAAAUGUAGAAGUUUCAUUCUUUUUC